AGAAAAACAUGCUCAUAUAUAACACUGAACAAUACCUAACAAGUGUGUGGUUCCACUCGGAGACGUCUUUGCUGGUCUUGAAUAAUUUGGCUGUUCAUGGAUUAGCCAGUUGUAUAGCUCGUGGGGAGGGGUGCGGCAUUCCACUGCUGCACCUUUAGUGUGUGUGAGUAGAAAGAGUGAGGGGGCCCUCUAAGCUAAUUGGCAGAGAGUGACAAAGGUGGUCUGCUUCAAAAAAGAAACCCCAGAGACAUUCACACUGCAGAAGGAGGUGGGAACGGGCAGAGAAAGCUGUGCCAGAGGGCUUUCACUAUUUCUGUUUGAAUGAAGAAUUUGGUUUAAAAAUAUCAGAUGUUAAGAAAGUUUAACUAGAAAAACGUGGAUUAAAAGUUACAUGGAUGACAAAGUGUAAGAAGGAUGAGUGAAGAAAAAGUUGAAGACAUCAACUCCCAUCUUCCACUUUGGGAGACAGACCUCAGACUCAAUGAUUUGAAUGUGGUGGCAAUGCUCCACGACUUCUGGGAGCAAAAGCAGAUUAAUCCUACCAAGAGUUCAUCCACUGAAUCAGAGGCUUUAUCUGGAGAGACUGGCAGCAGGAGCGAGAACUUGCUAUUGUAUGAGUCUGCACCCGGGUCCUCCUGUGUCUGCUAUGUUACACUGCCUGGAGGAAGCUGCUUCGGUAACUACAAGGCGUGCAACACUCAGGCAGAGGCCCGGAGGGAUGCCGCUCGCGUUGCCUUAAUGAACUCACUGGUGAAUGAGCUGCCAUGUCGACAAAUCACCUCACAGUUUAUUACUCAAAGUUUGCAACAAGCAGCAUCUGACAGUAUUAUGUCCAUUGAGGAUGCCAGAAAUUCAGACACCAGUCUAGGUACCUACAGUUUCUUGCUUCACUCGUACAUUGGGAAGUCUAUGCUGCAGUUCCAGGAAAUGAUGACAAUUUUCCAGUUGUUGCAUUGGAAUGGAACUCUCAAAGCACUGAGAGAAAGAAAGUACUCUCGACAGAGUGUGAUUUCGUAUUAUUCUCAAAGAGGCCUGGAUGAGUACAUGCGCAGUAACAUGGCUCUGGACUGGCUCAGUCGAGAACAGAGAUCACCUGGACGAAUUGGAGAAGAGUCCCAUUUGGCACAAAGAGAACUGGUUUUAGCUCGACGGAGGGGGCAAGAACUGCGCUUUUACAAAGAAAAGACAGAAAUACUAACUUUGGCUCUGAGCCAAGCAUAUAUACAUCCUACACUCAGGGCGGAAGAAGCACCAAGUCACAAAUACAAACAAGAAUACCUUCCUUUAUACAGGCUCUGCAGCCAGGGCACAGAAGGCAAUAUAACUCCACCCUGCAGCCCAACAUCAACUCUACAUGAAAACACAAAGCAAACAGUCAGUCAAACAUCCUCAAGCCUUUGUCUGGACAGUUCUUCACAAUAAUUACGCAGGAUGAGGCUAUACUGUAUAUGAGCCUUAGAACAAACUUAAGAAAAAACUGUUGUAGCAUUAAAAAGAGAAUUGCUUUUAGUUUCUGUUGUCUAAGAAUAAAAAUGUACUCUGUUUAUAUUUGUGUUGUCAAACAAGUUGUCCAUAAACUGAUAUAGAUCUAG